CAAUGUUUAAAUACGGAUGAUGUCUUUUUCACUGUUCUAGAGUUUUAUACCUUUUAUAUAACAUUGUAUGUAAUUGUGGCGCAAUCUGUGUGCCAUUGACACAUUAUUUAUGGACACAUUCUUAUUUGCAAAAAAUACCAAUCGAGAGAAUGUUGAAUUUCACGAGUAGUAAGGUGAGGGAAGUUCAUUCUCAAGACUGGUAUUUUUCGCAAAUACCCCUCAAGAACAUGAUAUAUCUGUUUAAUUACACAGAAUGUUAAUGUUGAAACGCAUUGAUGAUCGUGACUUUACAAACGUCCAGUAGGAUAGAGUAUUUUUUGGCAAAUACCAUGGCAGAGAGGGUAAAAAAGGCAAAUCUUUUUGGCAAAUACCCUGGGGGCGUUAAAAAAUGAACGAUAUUCGUUUGAUAACAGUGAAUUGGUGAAAAAUACACUGGGUAUCAACCAAUCAAAACCCAGGAUUCUUACAUAAGGUGUAAUUAUUCUUAUAAUUUAUAUAAAAGUAUCAUUUAAAAACCUUCUAUUCUUUUUUGUUCAGAAAUUUUCAGAGGAGAGUAUAGAGAAUUUCUUUGAUAAAAUAUCAAUCCUUGAUGUAAGAGAUUGCUGGCUCUCUUUGGUUGACACGUUCAUGGAAAUUAAAGAAAAUCUUCCUUUCAAUCCUGAAGAUGUGAAAUGGAAAGUUCCUGAAUGCAGAAGAAAACUAUUUUCGAUGGGAGAGUUUGGUGAUGGAUACAUAGAGAACAUUCCAACUAAAUACAUAAGAGACCAUGUUUAUCCAAUUAAAGUCCAAACCAAAGCUUCUUGGACAAUUUUCAGUGGACUGUCUGUCUUCAUUUUUGGAACUGAAACCAAAGCUCAACAAAUUAGACUUGCCAUUGUCUGCACAGAGUUUUCAGAGAUAGAUAAGACGCAAAAUUACAAUGAUAAGACAAUUAUUCAGAUGGAGCUGAAGAAAAUGGAUAAUUUCUGCAAAGAUGAAGAUAUCUUAGGUUUGUUUCACCUUAGGUUCAUUCCAAUGGCAUUCAAGUUGAAUGUUUGUAUUCACAAACGACUUAAUGGCAUCGAAGAAACAUUCAGACAUGAAUGCCAGGAACCAAAUGGAACGGUUGAAUUCUUAUCCAUGCAUCUGAAAAAGGAGCCUUGUGUGUCAUACCACCUACUCGUAGAUGGUAUUUUUAUCUUCAACAGAGGACCAGAACUAAGAGAACAAUGUGGGGCAAACCAGUUUGGGCUCUGUCAAGGUCGAUCAGAGUCCUACAUUCAGUGUGGUAAAUGCUUACAAAAGUACCAUAGACAGUGUGUCAUUGUUGAAGUUGAGACUUUUGCAUGUGGUUGCCACAUAGAAAGGCCACUGAAAAGUAGAAAUGAAAGAAUUUAUAGAUGCAAAGAAGAAUUUAUGAAACAUGUGAAGAGUCUUGAUAUUAAAAAAUUGGUAUCAGAUAUUUCUUGUGAAAAGAUUAAUUCUGCACGCUGGCAAACCAUGAUUGGAACUAACCCAAAAGAAAAACAGAUAUGGAAAGAUGGGAAUAACAUGGUUCUAACAAUGACUGGGGCACCUACAGAAAUAACAAAUUAUGUAAUUCAGCAAACUAAUUCAAAGUCAUUAAGCGCAAAAGGAUUUGUUAUGGAUGUCUUUGCGCCAGAGGCAGUGGUAAAAGUAAUUAUGAUGGUAGAAAACAUCAACAGAAUGCGUGCAGAACUAUUCCUGCUAAAAGAUUUAAGUGCAAAUCAUGAAUGUAGUAACACCUCAAAGAUAUAAGGCCUUCUUAUGUAAUUUUUAUAUGUUUACAGUUUGUGAAUGAAAUGAGUCAGUAAUGACAAAAGUAUUUCAAUAGGUUUACUAUUUGUGACUAAAAUGAAUCAGUAAUGACAGAGUAUUUUAGUAACGACUGUAUUUCAAUAGGUUUACUAUUUGUGACUAAAAUGAGUCAGUAAUGACAGAGUAUUUCUGAAGAUUUACUAUUUGUCACUUAAAUGAGACAGUAAUGACUAAACAAUUUGUUUGUGUCAAAAAAAAGUCAGUAAUGACAAAAUAUUUCAAUAGGUUUACUAUUUGUGACUGAAAUGAGUCAGUAAUGACAAAAUUUACUAUUUGAGACUAAAACGAGUCAGUAAUGACAAAGUAUUUCAAUAGGUUUACUAUUUGAGACUAAAAUGAGUCAGUAAUGACAGAGUAUUUUAGUAACGACUGUAUUUCAAUAGGUUUACUUUUUGUGACUAAAAAUAGUCGGUAAUGACAGUGUACUUCAAUAGUUUUACUAUUUGUGACUAAAAUGAGUCAGUAAUGACAGAGUAUUUCUGAAGAUUUACUAUUUGUCUCUUAAAUGAGACAGUAAUGACUAAAUAAUUUGUUAGUGUCAAAAAAAAGUCAGUAAUGACAAAAUAAUUCAAUUGGUUUACUAUUUGUGACUGAAAUUAGUCAGUAAUGACAAAAUAAUUAAAUAGAUUUACUAUUUGUGACUAAAAUGAGUAAGUUAUGACAGAGUAUUUCAAUAGAUAUAGUAUCUGUGACUAAAAAUGAGUCAGUUAUGACAGUGUUUGUCAUUAAUGACAAAGUAUUUCAAUAGGUUUACUAUUUGUGACUAAAAAUUAGUCAGUGAUGACAAAAUAUUUCAAUAGGUUUACUAUUUAAGACAAAUAUGAGUAAUGACAAAAUGAUUCAAUUGGAUUAUUUGUGACUAAAAUGAGUCGGUACUGACAGUGUAUUUCAAUAGGUUGACUAUUUGAGACUAAAACGAGUCAGUAAUGACAAAGUAUUUCAAUAGAUUUACUAUUUGUGACUUAAAUGAAUCAGUAAUGACGGAGUAUUUUAGUAACGACUGUAUUUCAAUAGGUUUACUAUUUGUGACUAAAAAUAGUCGGUAAUGACAGUGUACCUCAAUAGUUUUACUAUCUAUGACUAAAAUGAGUCAGUAAUGACAAAAUAUUUCAAUAGGUUUACUAUUUGUGACUAAAAAUAGUCAGUAAUGUCAGUGUAUUUCAAUAGGUUUACUAUUUGAGACUGAAAUGAGUCAGUAAUGACAAAAUAAUUCAAUUGGUUUACUAUUUGUGACUGAAAUGAGUCAGUAAUGACAAAAUAAUUAAAUAGAUUUACUAUUUGUGACUAUAAUGAGUCAGUUAUGACAGAGUAUUUCAAUAGAUUUACUAUCUGUGACUAAAAAUGAGUCAGUUAUGACAGUGUAUGUCAUUAAUGACAAAAUAUUUCAAUAGGUUUACUAUUUGUGAAUCAGAAAUGACAGUGUAUUUCAAUAGAUUGACUAUUUGUCACUUAAAUGAGUCAGUAAUGACAAAAUAAUUCAAUUGGAUUAUUUUUGACUAAAAUGAGUCAGUACUGACAGUGUAUUUCAAUAGGUUUACUAUUUGAGACAAAAAUUAGUCAGUAAUGACAAAAUAAUUUAAUAAGUUUACUAUUUGUGACUAAAAAUUAGUCAGUAAUGACAAAAUAUUUCAAUAGGUUUACUAUUUAAGACAAAUAUGAGUAAUGACAAAAUAAUUCAAUUGGAUUAUUGUGACUAAAAUGAGUCGGUACUGACAGUGUAUUUCAAUUGGUUUACUAUUUGAGACAAAAAUGAGUCAGUAAUGACAAAAUAAUUCAAUUGGAUUAUUAUUGACUUAAAUGAGUCGGUAAUGACAGUGUAUUUCUAGGUUUACUAUUUGAGACUAAAAUGUGUCAGUUAUGACAAAAUAAUUCAAUAGGUUUACUAUUUGUGACUAAAAAUGAUUCAGUAAUGACAGAGUAUUUCAAUAUUGAAAAAGUUAAGUUAUUUUUUGCAAAAAUAUUUUAGAUGUCAAACAAUGUACAACGAAUGUAAUGGUGUAUUAUGAGCUUUGUAGAUAUCCUUUGAUAUGUUCUAGAUUGUAUAAUAUUAUAAGAUACUGGUUUAAACUUUUAUCAACGAAUAAUUGUAUUCUUGUUACAAAGAACAGGUAUGGAAUCAAUGUAAUAACUGAAAUAGAUGGAUUUAUCAACUGAAGUUUUUAUUGUUUAAUUUGGGUCUGAAUGACUUCUGGUAUAACCAAGAUAAUUUAGUUGUAAAUGACACUCUUAAGUAUUUGAUCAAAACUAGAAUAUUUGAUCAAGUUAAUCAAUACUUGAAUCAAUUAUUGGAUGACUCGCCAAAGUGUUUUUUAUAUAAAUACUGUGUAAAUAAUGUUUGUUUACAAUUUUACCUUACUAAACAUGUGAAUUUUAUAGUGUAUCUAACGAGAAUAAGAUUGUCUUCACAUAACUUAUUUGUUGAAACAGGACGAUAUCACAUUGUUAAUAGAUCAGAACGAAAAUGCACUCUCUGUACUUAAAAUACAAUGGAAGACGAGUUUCAUUUCAUUUUACAGUGUGAUUGUUAUAAUGCAUCUAGGAGGCAGUAUAUUAAGCCAUAUUAUUAUAAGCGUCCAUUGUCAUCUAAGCUUAUACAGUUGUUGACCACAGAAAUUGUAAAAGACAUAUGUAACCUUUGUAAAUUUCUUUUCCAUGCAUUUAAACGUAGAACAGACAUGUUAUAAGUUACCAAUACUUAUUAUAGAUCAUUAUUCUUCACGGAUGUAUUCAUUUAUCAGUCAUGUAUGUUUUAAGUGUUUAUUUAUGAUAUAUUGUAUUUGCAUAUAUAUUAUAUUUGUACUAAUGAGCAUAAUUUGCUCAUAGUAAUGAAGAAUUGAAAUUGAAAAUCAAUAUGGUAGGUUACAUAUUUGUAACUGAAUGAGUCAUUAAUGACAGUGUAUUUCAAUAGGUUUACAGUUUGUGACUGAAGGAGUCAGUAAACUUUCAAACAAAUCUGGAGUCCUGCUAAAUGGCUUAAUUUGUUCACAAUAAGUAUUGAUGAAUACUGUUACAUGUAAAGUAGUAAAAGCUAAAUUUGAAAAUGUAUUGGAUUUACAAUUUUCAGUUAAUUUCAUGUAUGAGUAAAUACUAAGGUACAAUACAGAAAUUAGACAAAUAUGCCAUAGAAACAUCUAUGGGACAAAACAACAUUAGCUUGUACUGCAUUUCACGUAACAGUAUUCGUCCAUACCAAUUUUAAUUACAUAAAAUUGUCUCACAGGCCUUCAGAUUUUUUGGAAAAAUUAGUGUUCACCCUAAGAACUGGUUUAGCCACCACAUAACAAUUUCAAGUUUAUUUACAUUUUACAGUGUGUAUAUGUUAAGUAUGUUUAAAUGAGCAUAUGUUUCGAUAGUUUAGUACUGUAUUAAUUACAGGUUAAAAAUUACAGACAAAGUUUAGAUGUUUAUGAAGUGUCCUAUAUUUAAUUGUCACAAUUAUUUUUUGUCACCCAAUUAUAAAAAUCAAUGUAAUAAAUUACUUUUGCUAAUAUCAGCCCCUUGUUUCAGAAUAAAAAAUCAAAUUGUGAUACACCUACUUAUUUGGUGUAUUUAAUUUCAGACAAUCUAUCAUAUUUGUUACUGAUAUGUUCAUAACUAAUUAUAAUUGUUGAUUUUAAUGCCAUUUAAGGUGGUACCCAACACUUUAGCUAAAGUUAAUUUGGCUCGUUUAAUUUUCAUAAAAUUUUGUCAAAGUAUUAACUUUGACCCUUUAACAAAUAAAUAAAAAAUUCAAAAACUUUCAACCAACUGUUUUGUCAGAAAAAUUACACUGGUUAUAUUGCAGUUUGACGAACACCAAUAUUGAUCAUUGAGAAGCUUAAUAUUCCUUUUACAACACAAUGCAAUUAAAAUGUUUAGCUGACUUAACAGAGUUAUAUCCAUGUAGUGUU